AUGGCAGAAGGAAACAUCCAUAUUGCAUCUAAGUUCGUAGAUGUUAUAAGUGGCCAGGCUUGCGCGGAUGUUUCCAUGCUCUCCUUCAGAGAUCCCGACUCUUUUGUUGCUGGUAACCUACAACAUCAUUUUCCAGCCUGGGAGCUCAUCGCCAACAUUGCCCCGUUUGAUCUUACGUCUAAGAUUUUGCUGUGGAUCAAGAACUGUGUUGAUGUACACGAUUUCUUUCAACCUUAUAGGGGAGAAAACUUUGAUUCGGCGUUACCCCCGCAUCGGAUUUUUUCUAGCGCAUCGUCUUGUAAACCGUUUGCUCAAUUUAUUUUUGAUGCCAUUAUUGAUUGA